UUUCUCUAUCAUCAUCAUCCAUGGCUUCGCAAGCUAGCCUUCUCCUUCAGAAACAACUUAAAGAUCUCUGUAAGCAUCCUGUUGAUGGAUUCUCUGCUGGUCUCGUUGAUGAUAAGAAUAUAUUCGAAUGGAGCGUUACCAUUAUCGGACCUCCUGAUACUCUCUAUGAAGGAGGAUUCUUUAACGCUAUUAUGACAUUUCCGCAAAACUAUCCGAAUAGCCCGCCAACCGUGAGGUUUACUUCGGAUAUGUGGCAUCCUAACGUUUAUUCUGAUGGUCGUGUUUGCAUAUCUAUUCUUCAUCCUCCCGGUGAUGAUCCUAGCGGUUAUGAGCUUGCAAGCGAGCGCUGGACCCCUGUUCAUACUGUUGAAAGUAUUAUGUUGAGUAUCAUAUCGAUGCUUUCUGGUCCCAACGAUGAGUCUCCAGCAAAUGUUGAAGCUGCCAAAGAAUGGCGGGAGAAGAGAGACGAGUUCAAGAAGAAAGUGAGCCGCUGUGUCAGAAAGUCUCAAGAAAUGUUGUGAACAACUUCCAACUUCACACCUCUGAGGUCUCCGGAGUUUCAUCAAAUGCUCUUCAUAUUCCUAUCUGAAACCCUUCAAAACUGUCCAAACGCAACUUGUUAUGACUCGGUUUACAUCUCUUUUUGUCGCGUUCGAGAACCAGAGUGUUCUGAAAAGUGUUUGGUUGAGAAAAGUGUUGUUCUUGAUAAACUGGCAUUAAAAUUUAUAACUUUCA